UGUGUGUGUGUGUGUGUGUGUGUGCGCGCGCGCGCGCGCGCGCGCGUCUGUCGGCUCGAGCUUCCCGCAGAAGCAUUUCGGUCUGAGGCCCCUGCUGUGACUCCCCGAGACCCUGCCGUGCCCUCCGCCACCGACUCCCAGCGCUCGCCGGCACAAACUUUAUUACCCAGACUUCUUUCUCCUCUCCUCGUCCUCCGCCCCCGCCUCCUCCUGCUCCUCGUCCUCCAGCAGAUUAAAUGAUCUUGGAGAAGAAAAACCAAAGCGAAAGGGAAGGAAAUAAGCAGCUAUAAAAAGGGCAUCUCCAACCUGGGUGGCAUUUUUUUUUUAACCUUCCAGGAAGUGGACAUUUCGUUAUCUUCUGUUCUCCAGGUACCUUCACAGCUGGGGCAAACGGAGCCUUUUUGCCGAGCUCCCCAUUUUUUCGGAAAACAAACUCGCAAAUCGGCAGCCGGGGCUCCUAAAGUGGAGAGUUUGCGUAGAGACGCGCGGACGGACCCUCCUCUGCAGUUUAGAGUUUUGCCUCCUCCAGAACUGACGUCCUCCGCGCGCAGACCAGGGAGACACUGGGGGCGUGUGGUGGCCGCCCUGGCAGCCUAGCCUAGUGCGCGCCACGCCGCGCAGAAGCCCCAAGAGGCGCCGGCUGCGGCGGCCCUCGCAGCCUGGUGCCCUUCGGCCUCCGGGGCGGGCGCCGGCAUCUGUCUCCACGGAGCGGGAAGGCACGGGGUGCCGCCGGGGCUCGGGCGCCGCCGCAGCAGCGCCGGCUGCCGGCCCCACUUCCGUCCGCUGUCCUCCCUCACGCAACCUCCCAGUUCCCUUCUUCCCUCUUUCGUUGACCCCCCCUCUUUCCUGCUGUCGCUUCGGGUGCUCCCCCAGCGGAGUGGAGAUUACAGAGUGAUCGGGAUGCCCCAACUCUCCGGGGCAGGCGGCGGGGGCGGGGGGGACCCGGAACUCUGCGCCACGGACGAGAUGAUCCCUUUCAAGGACGAGGGCGAUCCACAGAAGGAGAAGAUCUUCGCCGAGAUCAGCCACCCCGAAGAGGAAGGCGACUUAGCCGACAUCAAGUCCUCCUUGGUUAACGAGUCCGAAAUCAUACCAGCCAGCAACGGACACGAGGUGACCAGACAAGCACAAACCUCCCAGGAGCCCUACCAUGACAAGACCAGAGAACACCCUGAUGAUGGAAAGCAUCCAGAUGGAGGUCUUUACAACAAGGGACCCUCUUACUCGAGUUAUUCUGGGUACAUAAUGAUGCCAAAUAUGAAUAAUGACCCAUACAUGUCAAAUGGAUCUCUUUCUCCACCCAUCCCGAGAACAUCAAAUAAAGUGCCCGUGGUGCAGCCAUCCCAUGCCGUCCAUCCUCUCACCCCCCUCAUCACCUACAGUGACGAGCACUUUUCUCCAGGAUCACAUCCGUCACACAUCCCAUCAGAUGUCAACUCCAAACAAGGCAUGUCCCGACAUCCUCCAGCUCCUGAGAUCCCUACCUUUUAUCCCCUGUCUCCAGGUGGUGUUGGACAGAUUACUCCACCUCUUGGCUGGCAAGGUCAGCCUGUAUAUCCCAUCACGGGAGGAUUCAGGCAGCCCUACCCAUCCUCACUGUCAGUGGACACUUCCAUGUCCAGGUUUUCCCAUCAUAUGAUUCCUGGUCCUCCUGGUCCACACACAACUGGCAUCCCCCACCCAGCUAUUGUAACCCCUCAGGUUAAACAGGAGCGCCCCCACACGGACAGUGACCUAAUGCACGUGAAGCCUCAGCACGAACAGAGAAAAGAGCAGGAGCCAAAAAGACCUCACAUUAAGAAGCCUCUGAAUGCUUUUAUGUUAUACAUGAAAGAAAUGAGAGCGAACGUCGUAGCUGAGUGUACUCUAAAAGAAAGUGCAGCUAUCAACCAGAUUCUAGGCAGAAGGUGGCAUGCCCUCUCCCGUGAAGAGCAGGCUAAAUACUAUGAAUUAGCACGGAAGGAAAGACAGCUACAUAUGCAGCUUUAUCCAGGCUGGUCUGCAAGAGACAAUUAUGGUAAGAAAAAGAAGAGGAAGAGAGAGAAGCUACAGGAAUCUACAUCAGGUACAGGUCCAAGAAUGACAGCUGCCUACAUCUGAAACAUGGUGGAAAACGAAGCACAUUCCCAACAUGCAAAGCCAAGACGGUGGCCCCGGGACCUCUUCUGGAGAUGGAAGCUUGUUGAAAACCGAGACUGUCUCCAGGGUUGCCCAGUCGACUCCAAGGAGAAUCGACACCAACUUCACCCUGAGGUCACUGCUAAAGACCCUGAUCCCUAAAGACAAUCACUGCCAAACCCCCUUCAUCUAUUGCUAAGAGCCGAGUUCCAAAAUAAAGCAUAGAAGGUUUUGUCAAAGAAAAUAAAAAAGCACAUGAGAAUGCUAGCAGGCCCCAGGGUGGCUGAGCAGCUCUCCUCUCCUCCUCUCUGCUGGGCACGUCCCAGGGCAUCUCGCAUCCAGACCUGUAAUCUGCAGGCGAGGACAGUAACUCGGCUCCUCAGGCUCCUGUGAGCCUCGGAGCCAGCAGCCAGCGCACCAUCAGCACCCCCAGGGGGCACUCGGGGAAGAGUUCCCUCUUUCUGUCUCCACAUUUCUUUCUCCUUUCUCCCAAAGCUUUUAUUUAACAGUGCAAAAGGAUCAAUCUUAUGUAUGCUUUUUUAUUUUAAACUUGAAUUUUUUUUAAUUUACACUUUUUAGUUUUAACCUUCUUGUAUAUUUUGCUAGCUAUGAGCUUUUAAGUAAAAUUUAAAGACCUGGAAAAGUCUGAAAUAAAAAUGAAAUGAAAAGAAGCCUUCUUUUCUUGAGCAGUAUGUUGUCUGAUAAGUGGCUUCUCUGUGAAUUACCUGUAACAAAUAGUGGCCUCUCCAUUUUUGUAAGGUGUUUGAUAGAGCUAAAUAAAUGUAACAGCCAAAUCCACUCUGUUGGUAGCAGUCGGCAGUCUGAUUUCAUUUUUGUUUUUCUUCUGAUCUCUUUUUUUAAAUAGUAAACCGUAACAGAUACUUUCCACAAA